AGACAGACUGGGGUGUGUGAGCCACAUCUGGAAUAGUAGCUAAAGAGAGUCGCGAGAGCAGAAGCACGGUGAGACUUUCCCAGCUCUUCACUUCAACUCGAUCCUUUUAACGGGGGGGAAAAAAAAGCAACUUUUGAUUUGCCUUUUUUUAUCCCUACAGACCUACUUGAAAAAAAAAAUGCUGCUCAUCCUGCUCGGAGUGCUUAUCUUGCACAUAAUCAUUCUCAUUCUUCUCAUUGUGUCGACAGCUGCCAGUGCCUGGUCUGUAGCUGAUGGAAAAGGCACAGAUCUAUGGUACAGCUGCAUAACAUCUAAUGGAGGCUACCACUGUGAACCAUCCAGCAAUGAAGACUGGAUCCAGGCGGUGCAAGCUCUCAUGAUCCUGUCCGUGCUCUUCUGCUUCUUCUCCCUCAUUGCAUUUUUAUAUCAGCUGUUCAGACUGGUCAAGGGUGGACGCUUCUUCUUCACUGCCAUCUUCCAGAUCUUGGCGAGUGUGUUUGUGAUGUGCGGGGCGAUCAUCUACACUGUGAUGAGUCCGGAUGAUAGGGCCCAUACAAACUUCGGCUAUGCCUACGUGCUGGCCUGGGUGGCUUUCCCUCUUUGUCUCAUCAGUGGCCUAAUUUAUAUCGUCCUGAGGAAGAAAGAAUGAAAGAAUCAGGGGAGGAGGAAAGAGAAAGGGUAGUUAGGAGAUCCCUUACCACAACAUCGCACUGUGCUUACUGCCCACAGACCAUAGACUGACAUCCCAACAAUAGAACAAAAGUGCAUGUGUCACCAACAGUUGUAAACACCUUUGCUGUAUUUCAGUAUCCAUCAUUUUGUCAUGCUGAAAGCAUCACACCUGUUUGUUUUGUGAAUGUCUUGUCGUGACAUAGUGUCUUCGGUGUGUUUAGAAAUGUGUUGGUGACAUAUUGACUUUUGCUGCAUGCAGGCACUUGAGUUCCACAAAUCCAUCAUGUGUGAUGACAUGAAUAAUCCUGCAUUGCUUCAGUACAAAGAUGUACAUAGUGUCUGUGGUUUUUAGACAUAUUUAUAACAUUUUUUUUUCAUACAUUGUGUACAUAGUGUCGUCAAGUUAACAUUGUCAUUCCCAUUUACGUGAUAGAGUUUGUCUCUCACAAAUCAUGCAGCUGUGCCAAAGAGAUGUCGCUUCAACUGCCAGAGUAUCAUACUUUUUCUUUUCUUUUUUUUUAACAUUGUUUUGUGUGUACUGACUGCCAGAUGCUUUGAACCAUGUGCCUUAGUUAAUCUGUGUAAUUCUUGAAGGAAGUAAGAAAAUUCUUAAAGUACGUGUUAAUAAACACAUGAAGUUUUGUUUUUUGACUUAUUGUACUUGAUAUACCAAAUUUUUUUUUUUUUUUUUUUGCAUUUUGUAAUCUAGUUUUGAAAAAGGUGCUUUUAAAAAAACAAACAAAAAAAACCCAACAAAAAAUAAAUAUACUAUCCUUGAAAUGUAUAGCCCACUUUGUGUUGCAAAUAUGUCGUGUCCUGUGAUUAAUUUGUUUUGUACAAACCUGAGUUUGCCUUUCUGUCAGUAUUCUAAAUAAACCUUUUGAAAA